AUGUCUAAGCGCACGGUCAAGGUUGGAAUCACAGGCAAGUACGGCACGCGCUACGGCUCGUCGCUCCGUCGCCAGAUCAAGAAGAUCGAAGUCUCGCAGCACGGCCGCUACACCUGCUCGUUCUGCGGUAAGGACACCGUGAAGCGCACUGCCGUCGGUAUCUGGAACUGCAACUCCUGCAAGAAGGUCGUUGCCGGUGGCGCCUGGUCGCUUAACACCACCGCCGCUGCUACUGUGCGCAGCACCAUCCGUCGUCUGCGUGAGCUGAGCGAGGCGUAA